AUAAAAGCAGAUCCCAGUGUAACACAGAAAGAGACAGAGAGAGACAUUUCUCUGAUCUUGUCUCCCUCUCUGUCAUCUCUCUGUUAGCUCUCUCCCCUCUUCUCCCCAUGUCAUUUAGGCAUCCCCCCUUUCCUUCCUCCUCCUGUUAAGCGUCUCUAUUCGACCUGGACGGUGGCUGCAUCGAUGCAAAAUGGGUUGUGGCAAUUCCUCAGCCACCAGCACCUCAGGAGGAGGACCAGCAGAGGCCUCCAAAGAUGUGACAGAAGAUCCUUCACCAGACGAUGAGAAAAGAAGGAAUUAUGGUGGCGUAUAUGUGGGUUUGCCAGCAGAUCUGACCACUGUGGCUGCGAGUCAGUCCAAGUCCACACGUAAAGACUAACAGUUGCUGAAGGGAACACUUCACACAGGUUUCUGCAUAUUCAUUCACCUUGAGGCACUCAUAUUCUGAGCCUAGAGUAAGCUAUGUGCUCCAAUUCUGGCUCACCGUACACUGGAUACCGUCUCAGGCUUCAACACUCUUACUGAACAAAGAUGUGGACAGCUUGCUGGGGCUCUGAGGACACCGCCUCAGGGUGGCAUGGGUGGCACAGGGACGUAGGGACACACAGUGGAGGUCCGCAUAUGACAUCCAUCAUCACCCUUCACUUUGCAAAGAGAUGGGCAUUGAAGCAGACAAGCGCCCACCUUGGGACCAGCAGCUGUGGGCAGCAGCAGUGGGCAUUGUUACAGCCAUCUUGGCUUCUAGGUCAAAGUACCAGAGCUUUUCUCUUUCUCAGGAGGAGACCGGGGGCCCAGCCAGCUACCGUCUGGGACUCGCACACAUUCCCGACAGCCCUCUGCAAUAAUAAUCACCGCUCAACUGUUCAGCUAUUUCUCUAAAACAGCAUCAGUGAUUCAUCGUGUGCUGGUUGGGUGACAGAGAGGGAGAAAGAGAGAGAGAGAGGGACAGAAAGAAAUCAAAAUUUCACCAACCACUCAAUACAAGGCAGUAUAACCAAUACAUUCCUUUGUUUUUCUUCUGUUGUAUAUCCUGCUGAUUCUGAAAAAAAGAAUUGAUUUAUAUCAGGGACUUGGUGCUACAUAGCAACAAUUUGAAAAUGACACUGAUUUUAAUGAUGGGUCUUAUGCUGCUAGUAGUGAUGUGUAAAGCCAAGGGGGUCUUGAUUGGCAUCCCAAAACAAUCUGUGUUCAUCCGCCAGGUUGUGCCUGGUGGGAGAGAGAGGUGUUGUCACUUAACUUCUGCCCCAGACUGAUUACAUAACAUCAGCAUAUGACUCAUAACACCAGAGGAUCUGUCUGUCUCUCUCCCCCCGCUCACUCUCUUUCUCUAACUGGCUCUUUCCCAUGAAGAGCUCUGAUUCUAAAAAACCUUACGUUUAGCAAUCACGUCGUGUACUCCAGAAUGACAGCAGUGCAUCUGGGUAAUCCACACUGGCUUUCUAGUAUUUUUUCCAAGGCUUUCAGAAUUCGAAUUUCCAGAAUAUUUUUUCCUCCUUUUGACAAAGGAUUCAAAUCAGAGCCGGCCCAAGCCUUCAUGGGGCCCUCAGCAGAAUUUGAUUUGGGGUCCCCUCGGUGCCACCAAUACUACUGACUAUUUUUAAUGCUUUAUCAUUCACACACCUACUGUAAAUCUAACACAGCCAUUAUCAAUUUUAUUAGUUGUACCUGUGUUGCUUGCCACCUGGCAUGUUUUUACUCCUUGAUGGUUUUUAAUCUUAAAAGGUAGCAAACUCACAAGAGUGGUUUGGUGUUAAUUUGCAUUAUAAUAUUCAAAGCUCUACAGUAAGUGGCAUACUGAAUCUGGUAUAUUGAAAAGUAACAAAAUAAACUAGCAGAUGAUGCAUUUACUGUAAACAAGUUAACCACUUUAAUUUAUUUUGGUUUACAAGAUUUACAAAGUGGAACAGAGCAGAGAAACAAUAAACUAUUACAAUCAAAUGACUUAAACAGUUCCUCCCU